AUGGCCACCAUAUUCGAGGGUCUCUUUCCUGCAUUGCGUGAGGGACCCAUCUUGCAGCGCCGCCGCCCGCAUGAUUCCAUUGAAGUCAUCGAUGUUGAUGAGCUUGACGAUGAAGAAAUUGCAGCCUUGCAACGGCCCCUCCAGCGGAGGCGCAUACAAACGCCUCAAGAACAUAUUGAAACUAUCUCCCUCCUCGACAGCGAUGAGGACGAGCCGCAGAUAGUCGCGUCCACCAGUGCUUCUCAGACAGGAGCGUCCCACUCACGCCUGAGGUCGUUGCCCCCGCCGCCCCAGCGCAACGACAUUCCGCCUGUGCCACCCAUUCCCCGGCGUCUCGCCGGUCACCAAAGCUUCGUUCCGAUGCGGCAUCGGCCUCCUCCCCAUCCGGACGGCCUCAUCCGUCCGUCUUCCCGACCGUUUGAAUUCGAAGCCCACAUGCAAGGCGGUCCGUCCACUCGACGAACAAACUCUAAUGGUCCAGCUCGCAAUUCAAUUAUCGUCCCUAUCCGGGGCGCAGAGCCUUCGCACCACGUACCUGUCAUGGGAUUCGGCGGCGCGAUUCUACAGCUGCGCAAUCAGAGAGAAUCACCAGAGCGUCGAGUUAGGCGCGGCCCUCGGGUGCAAAGGCCUGCUCGCACUCGACAUUUCUACUCGGCAUUCGAUCGCCUGGACGAUCACGAUAUAAUGGAGCCGCCCUUCUUCUCGGAGUGGAACAUGUUGAUGCAUGUCCUCGACGCCCCCGAAGCCCGUAAGGAGAUUGAUUACUCUCCGCACUACACACACUCCUCCAAACCUGAGGCGGGGUUCACGUUUGACUUUGCCUCCGAUGAUGCGGUUUCCGACAGACCGUCCACGUCUUUCCCCGUAACAUCUUCGGAGAAUCCCAUUGUUUUAACAGAUGAGGACACAGAAGCAGGUCCAUCCUCCAGCGUGCGAUGCGACACACAAAAUAAGCAGAUGAAGACGCUUCUUGUAUGCGCUUGCUGUUCGAAACCUUUGUUGCUGAAUAGCCAUACAUCUUCCAAAGGCCCGGUGGAGGAGCGGAAGCGUCGUAUAUGGGCUCUUCGGUGCGGGCACCUUAUUGAUGGCGAGUGCUUGGACAAUAUCAGCACACCUGGCGUUCCCUCUUCAGAUACCGUCGUUCCUUCUGCCUCGGGCAAGAACAAGGGCAAAGCGAAGGCGGCGGACCUGGAAGAUGAACCUGGCAGCGAUGGAGGAAGUGAGAGCGCCGAUGGGUACGACGACGAUCUUAUACCAGCACCUCGUUAUCCGUUAAGACAUCGAGCUCUCCACCUCCUUGGACCUGGGACGAAUGAUUAUGACACCUUCUUGCAAGCAUCGAAUUACCCCCUGCGCAACCGGCCACUACACGCACCUCUUGCUGCACCUCUUGGCACCUCGGCACGACGUGGCGGAUCGAAGGCGAACACGAGGCGUUCACGGCGGGGGAAGAAGCAGACAUUUGAAUGGCCGUGUCCGGUUGCUGGGUGUGAACAGACGCACGCAAGCGUGCGAAGUGGUGAUGGAGGAUGGGAACCGGAAAAGGACUCUGUUGGGCGCGGAGGCAAAGUAACGAAACCGGGAAGAGGGGUAGUUGCUGUCUUUGCGUAA